AUGUUCAUCGCUGAUACAACUAAUCAAAGUGACUCGCCAUCAUUAACCAUCGGCGAAUUUCACACCGGUACAGGACGGGCUCGACAAACACCAGCUUCAAGACAAAGACAUAUUUCUAACGAACAUCCAGUACGCGUACGAGGUACACCUGAGUACAAUCCAUUAUAUGAUGCAUUUCAACCGGAUCUUAUUCUUCCACCACGACAAACUCAAAAUAAUUUUCGACCAAUAACACCACCACCACCACGUUUUGUACAAAAUUUUCAAGAUAUUGAAAAUGCUUAUGAUAAACCACGUUCGUUUGCAUUCGAUAAUAAACCGAGACCAUCAACAAAUACACCACGUCAACAUUCAAAACAUGGUCAACAGAAAGUUGAAUCAUCAGCCGACAGUGAAGUUGACCUUUUAAUGGAUAAAUUAGGUGGUGACAAUGCACCUGUUGAUGAUGUCGAAUCAUGUAAUCAACGGAAAAAACGAAGACGUCGUCGUAUUUUAUAUAAUUUUAUGGAUUUUCUCGCAAUAAUAGCAACAUGUGCUGUUUUUGGUCUUAUAUAUUUACUUGUUCCACCGGUGCAAAGAGGUUUCUUUUGUGAUGACACAACUAUACAGUAUCCAUUUCGACCUGAUACUAUACCAAUGUGGGUUUUAGCGAUUUAUGGAGGUGUUGGUCCUAUUAUAAUUUUUUGUAUUGUUGAAUUAUGGGUUGUACGUCCAUUUAAUUGUCGUGGUAAAUCAGACAAACAGAGUGCAGGUCAACGUCGAAUUGAUUAUUUUAAAUCAGUCUUACAUACUAUAAGUCUUUUUGUACUUGGUAUUGCUGUUUGUUUUCUUAUUACUGAAGUUGGCAAACGUACAAUUGGUCGAUUGAGACCGUAUUAUGUAACUGCCUGUAAUCCUGUAUGGGGAAAUCUCAAUUGCACAAAAACUGUCCAGACAGCUAGUGGGAGUGUUGUUAUUCCACAGUAUAUACUGGAUCAUAAUUGUAAUUCUACAUUUACACCAAUUGAACUUCGAGAAGCGAAAUUAUCAUUUCCAUCAGGUCACUCAAGUUACUCAACAUUUGCUUUUAUCUUCCUCUUUGUAUAUUUCGAAGCACGUAUUGUAUGUCCAAAUGCUAAAUUUUUAAAACCAUUUCUUCAAUGUUUAUGUGUUGCUACUGCAUUUUUUACAUGCUUAUCUCGUGUAACAGAUUAUAAACAUCAUGCCACAGAUGUUAUUGGUGGAGCAUUAAUUGGUUUUUGUAUUGCCGUAUUUACUGCUGUUCGUGUUGGAACCUAUUUAUGGAAUCUUAGUAUUUAUUGUGAAACAGAAGACGAAACAAAAAAAGAUCGUUUACCUAAAGAAGAACGUAUUACUGUACCUGGUGUAGAAACUAAACCAUCAGGAGAAUUACGCUCAAAUGAUUCACCUCAUGAACAACAAUUAUCACGUUCACGUCAAGGUAAUCGCUCAAAUUAUGACAAUGUUUCAACAGUACAACCACAACAGCAACAACAUCGAGCAGUUAAUAAUCUUGUAAAAACAGGUGGUGGACAACGUCCAUCGCCUUCAAGAGGAUAUGAAGAAGCAAAUGUUUAA